CUCGCCGCCUCUCUCCAGCUCGCUCUCGAAGCGCCGCCCCCCCCCCCCCGAGCCGCCCAAAAUGUCUGAAAACGGCUCUCCCAACAACGUGCAGCACAAGCCCGAGGACGGCGGCCAGAGCGAACACCUGAACAUCAAGGUCACGGACAACAACAACGAGGUGUUUUUCAAGAUCAAGCGCACCACGGCCCUCGGCAAGCUCAUGAACGCCUUUUGCGACCGCCAGGGAAAGAACAUUUCCAGCGUCCGGUUUCUCUUCGACGGCCAGCGUGUGACGGCCCAAGACAACCCGGAUACGCUCGACAUGCAAGACGGCGACACGCUCGAGGUCCACCAGGAGCAGAUUGGCGGCUGCUGACGAGGCAGCCAACAAAAAAAAACGGCGCCAAACCCUGUUUCUGGGCUUCCUACCCAUCAUCCGCUUCCCGGUCCCGACAACCGGCGGCUCCUCCUCAGGCACCUCACGCACUUGUCUAUACUACUCUUCCUCUCUCCCCCCCCCCCCCCAC